CGCGCCGUUCGCACGUUCGACGGAAUCGAAUCAGCACGGCGGCGACGGCGGUUUCUUUGCGCUGACGCCCGAUUGGCAGCAAAUUCGAACUCAGUUUGUUCUCUACGACGGCUUGACACAGUAGUUUCGCGAUUGGCUCUCCGGAGACCCUGAACCGCGGCUUCCAACUGAAGAAAAUGAGCUCAUCUGACGAAGACGUUUCUGGUGAUCACUUCAGCCUGAAUUCAGCAGCUUCAUUCAAGAUAGACUGGCUCGAUUUGUCGGCAUGCGGUUACCCAGACUCCGUCGGCUUGAGUGGAUUACCAGGCUGCAAGUUCAAGGAUAAUUGGAGGGAUAUCAAACGGGACCUCGAGUGCAUAAAACUGGAAGACAUAAGCGACGUUUUCGUGCUGUGCACCCGCGGAGAGCUAACACUGUACAGAGUUCCAACGCUUUUGGACGAAUACAGCCGACAUGAAAUUGCCGUACACCAUUAUCCAGUGCCAGAUGGUACUGCACCUACCAUCGACCAGCUGAUGGCCAUUCUCUAUGGCAUUGGUGCCACCAUAGAACAAGGGAAGAGAGUUUUGGUUCAUUGCUUUGGGGGAUUUGGAAGAACCGGUGUCGUGGCUGCAUGCCUUCUUUUGAAUUUGGAUGAUGCCCUUACACCAGAACAUGCUCUGUGCAAAGUGCAGCUGCUCAGAGGACGCAGGGCAAUACAAACAGUGAAACAGUACAAUUUUAUUUACGACUUCAGAGGUUUGAGAGAUGAACAUGCUAAGAGUACUUCUGGCCAACAGGUUAGACCUGUGUCCAGAUAAUAAAUAUAGAAAUAACAUAGAAAUAAUAAUACAGAAAUAAAUUGUUCAAUACCUCUGCUUCUUGGGGAACACAGUUUGGCGUGGUAAUUUAAGCGUGGAUAACGUGUCCUGAAAUGUCUGGAAAAACAGAUAAACAGGAAAAAAAUGCAAAGUAAACAGCACACAACUAGUAGGUCUUGUGCCAUUAACUUCUCUGUCCUAUUGCCAAGCCAUAAAAUGAAGUAAACCAAGACACUAAAAUUCAUGGUUCUGGUAUGCACAAAAGUGUAAAUUAAAGAAUGUUAAGUAUGAAUGUACGUUUUGCAUGGGUCUCUAGAAUUAGAAAAUAUUUUAUGUCGUUCAUUAGUAAACUACAAUAAAUUCAGAUUCAGUGCUACAGAAAGCACAAGUGCAACUUGUGCAUUUCCAUGAUUUGAAACCUAAAUGAUGGUUUUUGUUGUUUUUUCAUUGUCUGAUAGCCUUGGCAGUGCAUAAGGUUAAUUUGAUGAACAGGACAUGAUGUGUCUCGUGUGUAUGAUAUGUAUUAUGCAAGUCAUGUAACUCCUCAGGCACGGAGUGGUGGGCUUUGUAUCUGAAAUGUUCUUAGCUGACAUAUUUAUAAAGUUUCCUUCUGCACUUAGUGUUAAGGAUUUGAUCCAAAGGUUUUAUUGCAUGUCUCACCUUCCAUGUGAUCACGCCGGUUGUACAGCAAUCUUCGCUAUCAUUCUGAACAUCCCACUGCACACCACAAACAUUUGGUCAAGGUAUGGGAUACUAGCUGCUUUGUUUAAAGGACACUAGUUUAAUACAACAAAGACACUUUAUUCGUCGUAACAUAUGGCGUAAGAACAACUCAAAUAUUUUACUGUGUGUGAUCCGGGACGCUGUAAACAGCCACAGAGACUUGGUCUUUCUGUUGUAUCAACACGUUCCUAAAAAUAAGUUGGAAUUAGCGAUACAAAAGGCGACAUUUUAUCAAAGGAUGGGGUGUGUCUCAAAGUAAUCCACAAAUUUUCAAUUCUAUAGCACUCAUAUUGUUACUUUCCCAAGGUGCACCACGCUGUGAACUUGGAUUGGGAUUUUCUGGCGCAAACUGUAUUGUGAAGUACAUGCAUGAACGUGCGACUGGCAACAAAUUUGCUACUGAAUGUACGUUUGCGCCUAAAGUUCUGAAUUAGUGAUUAAAAUUCCUUCCCAGCUUCA